AUGAUCAUUCAAGGACGUCAUUUUCCAUUGUUGCUAGUGAUGAUGGCUACGCUUUUAUUGCUGGGAAUUCCUUCUACUACUGCAGGCAAUGCACCAGGAGCACCCAAAGUGAGUCAAGUCAAAUCUAUCGAAGAAGCGAAAAAGGGGUGUGAGGAUCCAGCAAAGAAGGACAUUUCCUUGUUCUUGUACCAUAAUGCUGAAGGUGGUGACGCUUACUACUCGUGCAAGGAGCAGCAAGAGAAAUCAAUUAGAUUCUCUCGAGAUGCGAAUUGCGACCCCAACAAGGAUGGGGCAUACAGACAUCCAGCUCCAUUUACUAAAGUCGUGGAUGGCAAAAAAUACCCUGGUAUCUAUUAUGCGUGCAAUGGCAGUGGCGUUACCCGCAUGCUCUACUGCAGAACACCAAAAAGACGUAAUCCAUAUCAAAUCAAAGGAUGCUCAAAUUUUUACACAGUAGAAGAGCUUGCUAUCUAG